GCAUACGUCACCAAACGUCAGUCAUGAUAAAAUUUGAUAAGAAUUCAUUUACUUGUUGAUGUUUAAGAAACUGCAUUUUAAAUAUUUAUAAGGUUUAAAUAAUAAAUAUACUUACGAUGAAAUCUCUAUCAUGUACAGGUGUAUCGAAUGUUGUAAAUAUUGUAUUAGUAUUAGUGUUAAACUUUAUCUACACUUCAGCACGAAGGGUACCUGUGAAUGAUUACUAUGGUUUGUACGAACAUCAUCAGCCUCAAUUUGCUGCAGCAAUAGAAAAGUUAGAACAUGAACCAAAAUGGGUGGAAAACUGGCCAGAUGCAUCUAUUACUAUGGGUCAAGUAUCUGGAGUUGCUUUGGACAACUCCGGUCUACUUCUAGUGUUCCAUCGUGGGCCUAACAUAUGGGGCGCCAGUACAUUUAGUGAUAGAAAUGUGUACAAUGGUAUUGGAGAAAAGCCUAUACCAGAACCAACAAUCCUGGUGAUAAAUGACACUGGAGAAUUGGUUGAUAAAUGGGGAAAAAAUCUCUUCUACAUGCCUCAUGGUAUCACAGUUGAUGCUGUAGGUAAUGUGUGGUUGACUGAUGUGGCUCUACAUCAGGUCUUCAAGUUCACACCUGACCAGCGGGACAAACCGGCUAUGGUGCUCGGAGAGAAAUUCGUGCCCGGCGACGAUGAGAGCCACUUCUGCAAGCCGAGCGCGGUGGCGGUGAUGUCCAGUGGGGAGUUCUUUGUAGCAGAUGGCUAUUGCAACACUAGGAUCAUAAAGUUUGCACCCGACGGCACGCGGAUACUGCAGUGGGGGAAACGGUACGGGGAUUCCCCGUUCGUGUUCAAAGUGCCGCACGCCUUGGCGCUGGCGGAGGAGCGCGGCGCGGUGUGCGCGGCGGACCGCGAGCGCGGCCGCGUGGCGUGCUUCCGCGCCGACAACGGCACCUACCUCGCCGCCUACUCCAGCUGGCUCAUCGGAGACCGGCUCUUCAGCGUCGCCUACGCGCCCGUACAUGGCGGUCGUUUGUACGUAGUGAACGGCCCGAGCGGCGGCGCGCCGGUGCGCGGCUACGUGCUGGAGUACGAGUCGGGGCGGCUGGUGGGCACGUUCGCGCCCGCGGGCAAGUUCUCCAACCCGCACGACGUGGCCGUGUCGGCGGACGGCGCGCGCCUCUUCGUGCCCGAGCUCGACCCCUACCGCGUCUGCAAGUUCGUGGACGACACGCCGCGCAACGCCUCCGACACCGCGCCGCGCGCCAAGCCCACCGCCACCGUCGAAAUGUCAGGGUCUAGCGCAGUGUCGAUGGGCGCGGUGGGCACGUGGGGCGCGGUGUCGGGGGCCAUGGGCGCAGCGCUAGGCGCGGUGGGCGCGGCGCUGCUCGCCCUCGGCGCCCUCGCCCUGCUGCGCGCCAGGAACCGCGGUAAGGAGGUGGAGGCUGAGCCCCUCGUGCAGUAAUUACACAUAUGCACUCACUACACACGCUAAAACGAUUUUUUCUGUAACUCGACUACCGCGAACGUAGCUGACUGUACACUCGCCUCAAGUACACUGAGCCACUGUCUUGUACAAUGUAAAUGGCCAGAUACGAAAUAUUGUAGCAUUUACUUGAAAGGAUUGGGUACUUGGUUAUAAAUCGCUAACCAUCAAAAGGAAUUGUGAUAAGAAGUAAGUUUUAAUAUUCUAUGCAUAUGAAUAAUAAUUUAACAAAAAUAAUACAUUUUAUAACGAUGUGAUAAAAUAAAAUGUUUUGUAAUAAUACAUUCCAGUGAAUAUGAGUAUAUAGUAUAGUUUUUUGCUACUAUUAUAGAUAAUUUUAAUUUGGUAGGUUUACAAUUAAUUUUUAAAAUUAUAUCUAUACACUAAACAGUAUAUACCCUUUAUUUAAUAGAUUAUGAAAAUAGUUUCAUUAUUUAAUUCGUACUGAACAAAAUAAGACUUACAUAUUUAUUUAAUUAUAUUAAGUUUAAUUAGGUCUUUCCCUUUAGUCCAAUUUUAGAUUUUAUAAAGCAACAAGAGUAGUGUUUUAUUUUUUAUAUAAUGUACAUCUUGCACACAUUCGUUAUAUCAAAACACUUUAUAUUUAAAACAGAGAUAUCUGUCGUCUUUAGAUCAUGUCUUUUUACGAAGAAGUUAUAUGUAUUAGAGAGAACUUUUUUAUUUAUUUUACCAGUGUAUAAAUAUUUUUUCGUGUGCAAUAUUGAAGUUAACUAUGUCAGAGACAGUCAACUAGUUUUACUAGUUUUACGCUGUACUCACUGGUGAUACAUUCACAAAAAAAAUUGUGAUUUUUUUAUGGAGGUUUUUUCUGCAGAGGUCACACUGUUAUUUCACUAAUUAUUUUUAGUAUAAACUUUUAGUAUAUAGGAAUCGAGGUACAUAAAUUUAACAUGAUCAGUAAAAAGUAAAUGCAUACAUAUUUUGACUUCCUGUGAUCUUUGUAAAUGUGUUUUGAACAUCAUCGUGUUUUUACUGCUGAAUUACUGGUAUAUGAUUUAUAUUGCCAUCUCUUUCAUUCCACUUUAAAAAAAAUCUAAUUAUUUUUGUACAGGUUAUUCGGCAGUUGAAUCUUGCGAUUAGUUUACUUUAAGACUAUUCUAUGGGUUUCUGAAACGUCACAAAUAUUUAAUUUAAUUUUCAUCUGAUCUGAAGUCUUUGAUCUGAUUUAUUUUUGUAUGUUUUUUGUCCGGUUCUAAAGUGAUUUCUUUUUAGCCUUAAUUGUCAUUUUAUUAUUUUAUUUAUCUGUUGUGAUUUGUUUUGCACUGUUUAUUUCUCAUUUAUUUUUAUGUUUCUGUAAUUUGUAAGAUGUGACAAUUGUAUUAUUGAAAAAUA